AUGUCUGGCAGCGGUGUCGAACAGGCCUCUGGGAUUCGGAAUCACGAGCCGACUCCGUUUGGGCGACAAUCCUCACUGCCUUCCUCCAGCCAAUCCCUCAACGAUGCCCCCGGCUGUUCCUCAUUUGAGGUCUCACCGAUCACACCCGCCUCCCCUCCUUCCGUGUCCCUCUCGAAUCCCACGUAUACCUCCCCUCGAUCGGGCCUCCAUGCCAGUCGGUCGAUAUCCACAAAUCAUCUGUUCUCGAGUGGGCAACCAAGUCUCCGGCGAGGACACGAGUCGCCCGAACCCGACGACUUUUAUCGAUCGCGGGAAGAGGUGCCCGCAGGUGCACCCAAUGUGAACGUGGGCCCCGAGUCUGGCAAUGUGACCACGGGCGCAAGUUCCAUCAGAAUGGCGACGGCCCAUGACAACCUAACAACGGACAGAGUGUCUCCGCUGCCAACAAAUGUCUCCGAAUUCUCACGCGUGAGACGGCAAGCAUAUCGGUCCUCGUCUGAUUCGCUCUCCGUGGGCGGUCCGUCUGUCAAUUCAUCCCCGACUCUCUCCUCCAUUAGAUCACGGCAAUCCUCUUUCAAAGACCUUGUGGACAAGUUCAACAAUAACUCGAACCAAGUGCUUCCCUUACCUCCUGUCUCUCGAUCCGCUUCACGGGCCCCCAGUCCUGCGGAGAGUUUUGACACCGAAUCAUCGCAGACCUUGCCGCGACUUCGUCAUAAGCGCGAUUCCCCACCGCCAAGCGCGAGCGCAAGCAACCCUCGACUGCAGCUUGACCUAAUCCCAUCGUCAUUCGGAGUCGAGGGGCUAGGAUCAGACGGUUCAUUAACCCCCGACUCUGCCAUCCCUCCGCCGCUCUUCCAGCGGAUUCCGAAGACCCAUCCAAAACGUCCUCUCUUUGGAGAAUUGUUGUCUGUCAACACCGAGCUGAAUAGCUUGGGGGUCGUGAUACCACCACAUCUCCGACGUCGAGGCUCUGAUGGGAACAUACCGAGCCCGGUGCCGGCUUUCCUUGACCCAACCCUACCGCCAUCUGCACGAACACCAUUGACACCCACCGCGUGGUAUCUGGGGAAGACAAGCUCUCUGGAAGCUGUGAGCAGAGACAACACUGCCAGCGGUUCGGGCCAUCGCAGAGCUCAGAGUGAUUUAGCGGGAAGUCCUCGGAAGGAGCCCCUUGCUGACCCCUGGUCGCCCGAGAUGGCGGUUUCAGUGCCCUUGCGGCAGGCGAAGCCACAUGAUGGGUCUCCCGGCAGUCCAAAUUCUCCAAGCUCCAAGUCCCGCAUUCCGGUCUCCUCGCAGCGUCGCGCGUCUGUUUCCGGUCCCGACAACCAUUCCCCCCACUCCCCAACGUCCAAUUCGACCUUCAGCAGUCGAUCCUCGGCCAUUCCUUUGGCACCGAAAGGGACGAGUCGCCUUCCAAAACCAUCUGGAAAAGAUAGCCCACCUGGCCCGACGGAGAAUGGAUCCGCUUCGUUUGCGAUGACCGCGCGUGGGAGACGGGACAUGACGAUCGGCCGAAGCCGUACUCAGGUACCCGAACAAAGCCGACGCCUUCAAGCGUACAUUGCCGCGCCUCCUCCAAAAAAAUCACCGCCAUUGCGUAGCUCCAGGCCUCGACAGCCUGUCUCUCAUGGGUACUCUAGUUCACCGCGCUCCAGAGUUGGUGAUAGAGUAUCAUCUUUACAAAAGUCUGCUGAUCGGGAUUUUGAGCCGCGAAAUCUUCGUACUCGACAACGUCGAUUGCCUGAGCUAGGUAAUGUGGAUUUCGCAGACCGCAGGCAGCGAAUCCAACAAGCUUUCAACCGAACCGUCCAGGAGAAUGAGCGAAAGGAAGAAGAAGCAGCAGCGGAGCAUCGACGUCGCGUUCGUGAGCAAGAAGCAGCAACCCCCGAAAGCACUGGAAUUCCAAUUGAAACUCCGAUUCAAACUCCGAUUGAAACUCCGAUUGAAACCCCAAUUGAAACCCCAAUUGAGACUCCGACAGAGGGGCGAGCAAUCGCGGUCGCAACUACUUUUCGGGCAAGAGAGAUGGCGACUAUAGUGACAGUAGCAGCCAAUGGUCCUGGCGAUGUCAAAAAGGAGUCACAAAGUGUUCCGCAACUUUAUCUGGAUACAACAGUCAAUGUCCCAGCCAGCAAUGCUCCUCAACCUACGAUGGACUCCCCGACUCUGGGGGCACCGGACGGGACCAAUCGAAAAUUACCAGACAUGGGGCAUGAUGAGAAUCUACUGGGCGAUAUUGUGCCCGACUCCGCCAUAACCACGAACUCGACAGGCACUCAAGGCACAACGUUCGAUAUGGAACCACAGCAAGACGUGAUUGAACGUAAACCUAGCCUUUCUAAUCGCAUGUUGUUGAGUCAAAUUAUGCACACCCGCGAAUCCAGUUCAAGCAGUGACUCAUUUGAUGAGCGGGACUGCAGCCACUCGGAAAAUGAUGGCAAGGAAUCCAUUAAGAUCAUGCUUGGAGAGGCCACAUACUUGAACUCUGCCAGCAGUACAGAUACAGAGGAAGCCCAGCCAGCUUCUAUUCCGCAGUAUCAAGAUGUCGAGACUGAGGUCAAUAGGUGGAGUUUGAGUUCCUGGUCAUCGUCUGUGCAUCAGCAAACGUCCACCUGCGACGAAAAUUAUGAUGAUGAGGAAGAGGACGAGAGUAGUGACGAUAUGGACCCGCAGGCGUCACAUUCUGGUGAAGGGGCUAGACUAGGGAAUGUGUCUUUUUCUGCACCUUCAACCAGUCCUCAAUCCGAUACCGAAGAUGAUCCUUCAGUCCCGAUCCAAGACAUUGGUGUGAUGGGCCCGGAAACUCUCGGCCCAUUGGAGCACCGGCAGCCAAGCCCUGUUUUCUCAAGCCCUCCCAGCCUAGCGAAACUUGGCCGGUGGGACUCGCGGCGUGUAACCCAACUCUAUCUGGAGGAAUUGACUCGUGGCAGGAACAAUCUCACUAGCCCUCUUACUUCACCUCGCCUGACACCGGAUCUGAGACCAGUUUCCUCGCCCCGCCUAAGUCCUGAUCCAAGGCCAAUUUCGUCCCCUCGCCUCAGUCCUGAUCCAAGACCAGUCAACAUAAUCCCGGUGGAUCCUAUCCCUCGACCAGAGAGUCGACCUGAGAGAUUUUCAGAUGAUCCGAUUGUUGUUCCUGGGUUCCAGACACUUCCUCUGAAAAGUCACCAUUCUCAUUCAGCAAGCUUAAAUGGACCAGAGGAUUGGGAACAUGCAUCCCCCUCUAUCAUGGACUGGAUGCAGGUUGCGGCCGACGAUGACGCUAAUCUCCCUGAUCACCAGCCUGAUGGAGCGCCAACACCCCGCGCUCUGGCGGCACCUGCAGAGCUGGACACCGUCAGAAAUGAGCCAGAUCUGUCCCAUGGAUUACAUAUCCUUGUCGAAGCUCCAGGAUGUUUGCCGGAGAUAGCCGAGAUGCCUUCAAUUAAUCCAAGUAAAACGGGUGAUGAUUUGCAAGUUAGUCACGGACAGCAAGCACCAUCCGGCGUUCCACAGCUCCGCGCUGCGCACAGUACUGGAAGCAGUGAAGAUUCGUCUUUCCAACGCCUAGAGCCGACUCAGUCCCCGCAGGCACCAAAUUCAUCUGCCACAUCCCUUGCCCCCUCUGCUGAGCAACCGACGCGGUUAGAGUCCCGCAAAUCCCCUUCCCCCGAGCAACGUCGUUUGAGGAAACGGCGUCACGUCAUCAAGGAACUCGUGGAUACCGAGUAUACAUUUGGCAGAGACAUGAAAGUUGUGGACGAUAUCUAUAAGGGCACUUCCGGGUCCUGCUUGGAUCUGUCUGCAGAAGAUGUCAAAAUUCUGUUUGCAAACUCCGAUCAAGUUGUGCAGUUCUCUUUCGCCUUCCAGGAUGCUUUGAAGCGAGCCGCUCGGAGCGUUUAUAUUAUGCCAAAAUCCCAACGAUGGAGCAGCAAGCGCAGCACUCGCCAUAAUCGCCCAGCUUCCAUGGCUGUUGAUGACCAAGCCGCUGCAGAUGUAGGCAAGUCUGAUCUAGAAAAGGAUCGCGAAACCGCCAUUGGACAGGUUUUCCUCGCCCAUAUGACUCAGAUGGAAAAGGUCUACUCAGAAUAUUUGAGAAAUCAUGAAUCUGCCAACAAGAAGCUCCAGGCUUUGCAGCGCAACCAAAAGGUGGCCAUCUGGUUGAAUGAAUGUCGAGAAUGGGCGUCAGACCUAACAACCGCUUGGGAUCUCGAUUCUCUGCUGGUCAAACCUGUUCAACGCAUCCUCAAGUACCCGCUGCUCCUGACCGAGUUGCUUGAGUCAACACCAAACGGCCAUCCAGACCAAGUCAGUCUCCGCAAUGCCCUGCAAGAAGUCACCAAUAUUUCUGUGCGAAUCAAUGAAAUGAAAAAGCGGGCCGAUCUGGUAGGCCAGGUUGUCGGCCGCAAACGUAACCAGUCCGACGUACGGGCUGGCCUGUCUAAGGCGUUUGGUCGCCGCACGGAGAAGUUGCGACAACAAGUCGGUCUAUCUGAAAUGUUCCAGGACAAAGAAUCCGACUAUCUUUUCCAAAAAUUCAGCGAGCAUUACGCUGAGCUGCAUGUGAUCAAGAAUGAUGUGAUGAUAUACAAAGAACAGACCAACCAGGGAAUGAGACAGCUUGGGGAAUAUGUUUAUGCGAUCGAAGGGAUUAUUGAUGUGACGCCGUCCGCGUACUCUGAAUUGGAGAGUAAAUGGCGUCGCUUCAAGAUGUCAUUCCAGGAGAUCCUGACUGUUGCGCUCCCCGAACAUCUUGAUCUGGUUACCAAACGCGUCCAAGAUCCGUUCGAAUCGAUUAUCAAGCUCUACCAGGGACCAGAGAGAAUUAUGAAGAAACGGAACAAGCGUCUUCCUGAUUACGCCCGCUUCAAAGCUUUGAAGGAUCGGGGUGACAAGCCCGACAAGAAGACCACUGAGCAGGGCGAGCAAUUUAUUGCCUUGAACGAUACAUUGAAGGAUGAACUGCCCAAGCUGUUCGCACUCACAGGAAAGCUUACCGAAGUCUGCAUGAAUAACUUGCUCCAGCUUCAAACCAUGUGGUGGAGUAUGUUCCAAACCAAGAUGGAAGCGCACGUUGAUUCCUUCCCUGAGGACGUUCAGAAGGUGAUCAGUGAUUGGAGUAACGACUAUAGCUUUGCUGAAGCCCAAGUCCUUUCCCUUGGCGUUUGCAAUGGUUCCCUGCUGGCCGACACUGUUAAUCUGGUCAACUUCAAUACCCCGUCUACUGGAAACAUGAACUCUCCUCGUCGUCCUUCUACGGUCAAUAGUUCUGGCAACCGCGCCGGCUCAAUGGAAGAAGAAUCACCCAAGGUCUCGGCAGAUUUCAAUGUCGCCCAACUCUUCCAGUCGCCUCAACUCAGUCAAUCUGGCACUAGUCAUCACAGGGCUGACUCCUCCUUCUCCGGACGAUCUCCUCAACUUGAAUCGCCUGAUACUGGCCGCAGUCAACUCCUACAGCAGGUGAUAGCAAGUCCUGGCUCCACCUCAACUCCGCAGCCUGUGGAGCCGGAGCCUUACCCUAGUCUACCACGAUUGAGUCUGGAUACACCGUUCCUUGCAGACGUAAUCAACGCCUCCACCCCUGAGAAUCUUCCACCGACAACUCCUCAUGAUCGAUUUUCUGGAUUUUUCUCAUCGGCCAUGCCCAUGUCUGACAGUCCCGUUGACGCCGAAGCUCCUCGGGCUGCUCCUGCUCCCAAGAACCUCCCUGAAGGGGCCAAAGUGUUGUUCGUUGCCGCCAGCCUCUACGAGUUUAACAUCGAUCGCCCUCGCAGUGAGGCAGGCUUCCCCUACUUGACCUACGAAGCUGGCGCUAUCUUCGAUGUAUUCGCUGAGAAAGGCGAGCUAUGGCUGGCCUGCAACCAAGACGAAAGGGACCAAUCCGGAAACAACAAGCGUGUGCCAGGCUGGAUCUGGAACAAGCAUUUCGUUAAGAUCGAGGCAUAG